AAAGAAGAAGCAGAUCGAAACAAAUUACAACCACGGUGAACUGAAACCCUUCCGGGCAUAAAUCUUGGGUAGUUGGGUUAAAUCUUUGCUUCACCGGGAAAGUAUCUUAGAAAUUAUAUCUCUGGAUGAUGAAGACGAGAUUUCUGGAUUGGUAUUUGAAGAUCGCGAUUGGAUCGGCUAUUAUCGGCGGAGGCAUGGAAUUCUUCAUGAUCAAGACUGGUUUCUACGACAAGGUUACUGUAAUAGAAGCAGAGAGACGGGCGUUGGAAAAUUCUCCUGAAGCUCAAGCCAUCAGAGAAGCUCUUAAUCCUUGGAGGAACAAGGACGCAGAAACAAGCAAAACCCCAUAAAUCAUUCAAGGAGCUCUUUAAUUCUCGUUUAAGUUCAUUUCACUCUCAAAACUUUCGCAAAUGCUGCUUCAGUUUCUUACUGCUUGAAAGUUCAAUAUUUCAUUUUAGUAUUUUUUGCCAAAUGCUAAGUGCAGCAUCUCCUGACCCAUGUUACCAAGAUAGGAGAUGUUUAUAUAUUAAGGUCAAACCAUCAAAGAUUCUUAAGUCUUGUGUAUGUAUAUGUUAUAUACGUCUUUCAUAACUUGUGUCGCAGAACUGCACAAGUUAUAUAUCUCAAAGAAUACAAGACUAGUUUUGAAAUUUUGAUCAACUACUAUCACUCAUAGUAGGAAAUGCUUAGGUUUACAUUAUACGCAUAUGUUUAUGUGUGUUUGAAGGUUAAAUAAGACCUUUGAAAACUAUAAACCCACUAUUGUAGCAUGUUACAAUGAUAUAACAGA